AUGCUGGGUUUCAAAUCGACAUAUGCGGAGUACCUCCAGUUUAACAAUGGUCUCAACGCGUACCUCUCGAGGUUAGGUAACGAGGCCCUGUGGCUCAAACGGUGCUCCGUGGCCCUCGUGGCUACUCUGGCAGCAAGGCAUGUGUUGUGCCCCAUUAACGACAAUGACACAGACGAGACACUGCUUCGGUUGGCUAGCGUCAUGGAGGCGAAUAGCAGGGUAAGCCCGCAACAGAGACCGAGCGUCUCAUCAUCUGCUCUGAUGAUCAGUGGAGCAGACAACGAUAACUAUUCCGAGACCAACAUCUAUGAGCUGUCGCAGAAUGUCAUGGCAUACAUAUUGUCCAAGACCGAUGGACAACUUCGCAAGCUGCUGGAGGGUAUUUCUGAGCCACUCGACGCUAGUUCUACAAUCAAGAAGGCCUUCAAACUACGCAGACGACGGGAAGUAAAGAAGCUGUUCUCUCAGACUGUUGACCAUGUCAGCACGCUGCGGAUCAAACGCGACAAGCGCUCUCUGGCUAUUUUCGUGCAACACAACUUGAAGAAGUUUCGACAACUAGAUGUUUCCUUACUAGAUGGAUGCAACGCCCUAUUGGGCGUUGACGACAUCGAGGACUUCGAAUGGUUGGACGAGUCUGAUUCGGUUAAUAGCUUUCAGAGCAUGUUUGUGCCUGAAGACAAUGAAGAGGUGGACGGGAGCGCCUCUGCAGAGACUAUGGAUGUGUCCAUGGAGGUUCUCGAUGAACCUCAGGGAGCGUCUGCUCACCACGUCAACGAUACUACUGAUAUUCGAUUCACGGACACGGACCCUGUUUUACGUGCCCCUUCUACUACAGCCGCUGUAGCUGGUGGUAUGACAGUUGCUAAUGCGCAGCUUUCAGCUACCCUUUCUACUCCCGAUCCAGCCCCCGUUCCUGCUCAGCCCACUACCUUAGCCACGUCGCAACCACCAGCACAUUCUUUAUCUGUUCAGCCGACAAGCUCAGAUACUAACGCAUCAGCUCCCGUUCGAGCUUCUGUCUCACAAUCCCCUCGCCCACCUACAGUUCCUGCGCCUGCACCCCCACUCUCGAAUCCGCCAGAGACCACUGUUCCUUCUCCUGCGCCAGUCACACCCGCCACAUCGUCGAGGGCUUCUCCUGCAGCUCCUGCACUGUUCAAACCAGCAAUCCCAGCAGAUCAUAGACCUCGACCAAAAGCGGGAUCUGUGUCUAAUGACAGUUCUGCUACAGCCCCCACCACAACUUCAUCGACCACCCCUGUGACUACAUUUGUGGCUACUGCGGCAGCUAACGGUACCACUAACGCAGCCAUUUCCGACCCUCCUGCUGGACCUCCAGCUCCCGCCGCUGCCCCUCCUACAAGAACCGCUCCAGUUUCUGAUCCCAUGGCCUCCACCGCUUCUCUCGAAACCAACCGCUCUAUUUCGUCUCGGAGCGGAACUCCCUUAUCUACUCCUAAAGUACAAGGUUGGGUGGCUCGACAGGCCCAGAGACUCCGAGCAGACCAAAACAAAAAUGUUGAGAACUUUGCUUCUAAAAUUUCUGGAGGUGGAAGUGGUCAUUCCGCAGGCGGACUUUCCGUAUCCCAAGCCCUCUUCGACAAGACCAACGCUCUCCGAGAAGCUAUUCAUGCUUUCAGAAACACGUCCACUACCCCCGCACCUUCAGCUCCGAAAUCCACCCACUGGCUGCCUCCGGCUACCAGCAACACCACGAACCCUCCAGGUACUAAGGAGCUUGUCGCUACUGUUCGAACUAAUCGAACCCGUCAGAAACAGCUAGGCGCGUUGAUUGGCAAUGCUCCGGAAAACACAAUCAAACAGAACUACAGAAGAGAGUAUAAGGAGCUAGACGAUGCAAUUCGAGACGCUGAAGCCUAUCUCAGAAAGGUCUGCAAUGUUGGUCCUUAUGCAACGAAACGAAAAGCACGGACCAGUAGUUCUACAUCUGCUCCUACCUCUGCCUUGCCUCCACCAGCUCAAAGUAGAACUACUUCUGCGCCAAGAUCUACCUCUACGAGCUCUGGAGCUUCUCCUGCACCCAAUUUUCCUACAUCUGACCCUCGAAUUGUUGAAUCACUACCUGCUCUGCACCCAAAUAGCACUACAGUGACCACGUCUGCUCCUAGACCUGCAUCGACUUCUAAUACAGGACUGUCUAUUGCAAGCCAACCGCGUUCUGAUACCAAUGUUGGAAAUGAUGAAGUUGUAUCCACUGAGUACUCCAUCGCUGGGUCUCGAAACUCGACUGAAGGUCCUAUUCGGUCCAGAGGCGACAGCGCAGAUGAAGGCCGGUCUCCCAAGCGACAUCAGGUUCAUCAUGUCGCCCACACCCCACAGCUGCAUCAUCCCCAGCCUCAUGCUGCUACACAGGAGCUGCAUGAUAUCUUAGAUCGUUCUCGAACCGACCAGAUAAGGGGCCACCGUGAGGAUGACUUGGUUUGGGGCCAGCGGACUCCCGUAUCUGCUUCGCGACCUUCGUCGCGGUCUCCCUCUCGACACUCCACACAAUCUCCUGGCGCUGUAUCCCACAGGUUCCAGCCCAGACCCAACCCUAUGCCUUGUCAUGACCACUCACCGCUGCAAGGAGUUAGGGACAGAGAGGAAGACCAUUACAGCUACCGGCCUGGUGAGGAUCGAGGUCGUGAACUCGCAAUGCGGCUAGGUUAA